AGCGUCGGUCUACGGAUCGCGGGGUCGUGAGUUCGAUCCUCGGGCGGGGCGUAUGUUCUCCGUGACUAUUUGAUAAACGACAUUGUGUUUGAAAUCAUUAGUCCUCCACCUCUGAUUCAUGUGGGGAAGUUGGCAGUAACUUGCGGAGAACAGGUUUGUACUGGUACAGAAUCCAGGAACACUGGUUAGGUUAACUGGCCGCCGUUACAUGACUGAAAUACUGUUGAAAAACGGCGUUAAACCCAAAACAAACAAACAAACAGGCUUCAAAUUUAGACCACAUGCAUAGGAUUGUGUACCGCAACAAACUUUGACCUUGACAUUGACCUAGUGACCUACUUUCACAUUUUUGAAGGUACAGGCUUCAAAUUUGGACCACAUGCAUAGAUUUGUGUUCUGAAGUGAAAUUUGAGCUUGAUUUUGACCUAGUGACCUACUUUCACAUUUCUCAAGCUACAGCCUUCAAAUUUGGACCACUUGCAUAGUUUUGUGUACCGAAAUGAACUUUGACCUUAAGAUUGACCUAUUUACCUACUUUCACAUUUCUGUAGCUACAGCUUUCGAAUUUAGACCACAUGCAUAGGAUUGUGUACCGCAACAAACUUUGACCUUGACAUUGACCUAGUGACCUACUUUCACAGUUUUUAAGGUACAGGCUUCAAAUUUGGACCACAUGCAUAGAUUUGUGUUCUGAAGUGAAAUUUGACCUUGAUUUUGACCUGGUGACCUACUUUCAGAUUUCUCAAACUACAGCCUUCAAACUUGAUGCGCAUGCAUAGUUUUGUGUACAAAGAACUUUGUCCUUGAAAUUGAUCUGGUGACCUACUUUCACAUUUCUCAAGCUACAGCUUUCGAAUUUGGACCACAUGCACAGUGUUGUGUACGGAAAUGAAAAUUUGUCCUUGAGCUAGUCAAUAAGUCUUGAAAUUUAGAACACUCAAAAAUGGCACAUUGGUGGGCGCCAAGAUCACUCUGUGAUCUCUUGUUACUUUUUGAGAGUAUUUUCAGAGAAUUAGGCUAGACAUAAAAAUCUCAAGGACGAAUAUUCAUUAAGAAAAGCUACGUUCGAAGAAAGAACCUCCCCCUCAAACAAAGAUAGUAUGGAUUUAACAUUCCAUUUCAUAUACACGAACAAAAUAAAAUAUAUAGACAACAAGAAAGAAACGGACACACACACACACAAAGGAAAAAAGUGGAGCACAGAUUUGGAAGAGUCAGUUGCAAGUACCGUAUAGCGGGUUAAUUCUGCGGGUUUUUAUUUCUGCUAAAUCUGUGGGUCGAGGUUGUCACGCAGAAAUAAAUUCCGCACACUACAAGCAGAUUUUUUUAACGCAGAAAAAACUUUGAUAUUCACUUAAUAUAAUGACCCGUUAUCUUUAUUUUAUGAGGUUUUCGUCUACUGUCAAGUUAUUCACACGGUAUCGAUUGUUGUUGAUUGCUUUUGUAAUUGUAUCAAUCUUUUGUCCACGAAUGAAUGGUUAACGUUUAAGGCAAGGCAUGUAAUCUUUACAAGUGCAUAUCACAUAUUCACAUUCAAAGGGGUACCCCAAGGAUCUAUAUUAGGACCUUUGCUAUUAAACAUUUUUAUAAAUGAUAUCUUUUACUUUAUAGAAAAAAGCAUAUUAUACAAUUAUGCAGAUGAUAACACCUUAUCUUUUCAUUCACCAGAUUUUGACAAUUUAACCAUAUUUUACAAAGUGAGAGUAAUAUCCUUAUAGAUUGGUUUAAUUUUAAUAAGAUGCAAGCAAAUCCUGAUAAAUUUCAAUCAAUAGCAGUUGGUAAAAAAUCUUUUGCAAAGAAUCCGGUUUUUAAAACUGGUUCGAAUAGCAUUACGUGUGAAAAAACAGUUAAAUUAUUAGGUGUUGAUAUUGAUUUUAAGCUAAACUUUAAUUUCCAUAUUGGUAAUAUUUGUAAACAAGCAGGUAGGCAAUUAAAUAUUCUUCAAAGACUUGGAAAUAACCUGAACAAGCUUAACAAACUUACAAUUUUUCAUACAUUUAUACUUUCAAACUUUAAUUUCUGCCCGAUGGCAUGGCACUUUUGUUCAGAAUACAACACUAAAAAAAUGGAAAAACUGCAAGAAAGGGCAUUAAGAUUUGUAUACAAUGAUUACUCUUCCAGUUAUAAAGAGCUCCUAACAAAAGUAAAUUUACCUAGUUUACAUAUUAGAAGAAUGAGAAUAAUGGCAAUGCAAACUUACAGAAUUUUCAAUGAAAUUUCACCAGUUGUUCUUUCAGAUCUUGUUAUUAAAAGAAAUUCAAGUUUUAACUUCAGGUAUUCAAAUAUUUUACAGGUCCCUAGAGUAAAAACAACAACCUACGGUGUGCUAAUGCCAAUGCCAGCUGGUGCAAUAAGAAAGCCGCAUCCUUAUGACGAAAUUUACCUUCCCGAAAGUGAAGAAAGUGAAGUCAUGUCAAUGCCAGAAGGUGUUAGAAGAAAGCGGCACUCCUAUGACGAAGUAGACAUUCCUGACAACAAAGGUGUGCUAAUGCCAAUGCCAGCUGGAGUAAUAAGAAAGCCGCAUCCUUAUGACGAAAUUUAUAUUCCCGAAAGUGAAGAAAGUGAAGUUAUGCCAAUGCCAGAAUGUGUUAGAAGAAAGCAGCAUUCUUAUGACGAAGUGGACAUUCCUGACAAUGAAGGUGUGCUAAUGCCAAUGCCAGCUGGAGUAAUAAGAAAGCCGCAUCCUUAUGACGAAAUUUUCUUUCCCGAAAGUGAAGUUAUGCCAAUGCCAGAAGGUGUUAGAAGAAAGCGGCAUUCUUAUGACGAAGUGGACAUUCCUGACAAUGAAGUUAUGUCAAUGCCAGACGGUGUUAGAAGAAAGCGGCACUCCUAUGACGAAGUGGCCAUUCCUGACAAUAAAGGUGUACUAAUGCCAAUGCCAGCUGGUGUAAUAAGAAAGCCGCAUCCUUAUGACGAAAUUUACAUUCCCGAAAGUGAAGAAAGUGAAGUUUUGCCAAUGGCAGAAGGUGUUAGAAGAAAGCGGCACUCCUAUGACAAAGUGGAUAUUCCUGACAAUGAAGACACGUCAAUUCCGGAUGAACUUCAGUACGAUCCAAGAACCAGAGAGCUCUAUGAAAAGGCUGUCAAGGAAGGAAGAGAAGAAGACUCGACAUUAAGAGUAAUGGUAAUUGGUUGUUUUGGACAGGGUAAAACAUCACUGACUAGGCGUCUUAGAGGGCAAACAUUAGACAUGAUUGAAACUACUGAUGGAAUAGAGGUAGAUACCUGUACAGUACAUGAAGACUCAAAAUUGAAACGAGGCUCAAAAGAUUACCACGAGUCAGAUUAUCUCAAACGUAUUGCAGUUAUUGCAAACAACACUCAAAAUUAUACUGAAACAGCAGUACCGAAGGAAGAUCAUCUGAGAUCUGAAAGUAAAAACACAGCUUAUCCCGAGGACCUUAGUAAACCACAAGCAUUUUCUGAGACAGGAGAUAAUAAAUAAACCACAGAUAUCAGGAGAAAAAGCAGAAAAUAUCAAAGUUUUUAAAUCAGAGUUAUUGAAACGACAGUCACUAAAACAAAACACAGAUGAUAAAUGUUAUAAACUAAAUGUCUGUUACGCAACGCACCAAAUAUUUCAUUCAAGAGAUGCCGUUUAUCUUUUGGUCAUCAGUCUGACAGAAACUAAGGAUUCGAAGAUAGUGGAUGAUUAUUUGACAAAGAAGCAUCAGACAAAACCUGUGAGGGAAUAUCUCAAAUUUUGGAUUAAUUCGGUGCAUUCAUUUGUAGGAAGCGAGGACGGUUACGAACCUGCAAUAAUAUUAGUCGGAACACACAAAGAUAAGGUAGACGAUGAUUCAUGUGUGUAAAACUGUUUUGAGAAGAUAAGGACAUUAUUUGAUGGUAGAGCUUGCCUUAAUCACAUACAGCCGAAACAUUUUGCGAUGUCUUGUUUAUACAGUCAAAAUGACGAAAUUCAAGAGCCAUAGUUGAUGCUUGUAAAAAACCGUUAAGAAAGUACUUACCUGCAAUGUGGAUAUCUAUGGAGAAAGCCCUGAAAGCAGCACAGAACAGAAAGAUUAUUACUUAGAAUCAACUAGAAGAAAUCAACUGCCAAAUUUAGUAUCCUGUUCAAGGCAUCGAACAAAUAAAACGUUUUUAUGGAAUAUCAUCAUGCGAAAGGAUCAAUAUGCUAUUUUGAUGAAGAAAUAAUCCGAAUGAUUUUGGUAUUAGAUCCACAGUAUUUGACUGAUGCUUUCAAUUGUAUAGUAACAUCCGAAAAUCAUGUCCGAAUUCGAUCGUCAGUCAGACAACAUCGGAUUAUGCUCUGUAAGACAGGAGUACUCUCAGCUAAAAUUUUAGAGGAAGUUUGGAGUGAAAAUAAAGGCUCAAACUUCUGGAAUUUCAGAUUCGAACUGCUUUAAUUUCUGAAUAGGCUUCGUAUCAUUUCAGAGGUUCAGAUAUACGAUGGGCAGAGUAAUCAUGAACAUGAAUCACUAGGAGAAUACAUAGUGCCUAGUUUGAUAGAAAAAGGUAUAGAUAUGAGACUACUUGUCGAAUUUUUGAGCGGCAAAAUGCAUCAAAUGUAAUUUAAGGUAUUUACUGGAACGUGAAGCCCUUCUUACCAACAGUGUUUCAGAAAGCUGUCUCUGCUAUGAUUGGUAGAUAGCCACUUAUCAAGUUUAAAGGACAAUACAUGCUGUAUGAAAACACGGUUGCUUGUGAAUUUGAAAACCAUGCUGGAAUUCUGAUGUUGACACGAAAUAGGCUUGAAUUGCUUGUCGUUAAUCUUUGUCCACCGGAUGUUGUCAGCGCAGUGGCUAGCGACACAUUCAGAAGGUUCGUUGAAUUUGUGAUAACUGGAGAAAUAUCGAGACUGCAAAACAAACGUUUGAACAAUCCACUACAAUUAGUAAUGUCAGUGCGUUGCAAUCACGAAAGUCACAGCUUUAAAGGGAGCAUAGCAUUUGAGAAAUUCAACAGGUCAGUGGUUGGAAAAAUUCCCUGUCCAGACAGGGCAAGUCACUCUUUGGUUGUAGAGAACAUACAACAUGAGUGGUCUCAGAAAGCCAUUAUGAUAGAUCAUUUCCCAGACAGACGUCUUUCCUAUAAGGAGUAUAACACACUUUCAAUGUCUCUUGGUAAAGGAUGGCAACACAUUGGACUGCAACUGGGCAUUGACGAAAUAACAUUACAACAAAUUCAGAUGGACAAUCAUGGAACAGACAUGCAAAUUUAUGCUAUGCUGAAGAAAUGGGAUAUGAUGAAUGGCAACGGAGCAACAUUAAAUGUUCUGAUAAAAGCAAUCUACAACUGUGGCGUUGUUGUUGGUGUAAAUUGGGAUACUGUUAGAAAUUUAAUAGAUACGUUUUAGCAAGUCUGAAGAUGUGUAAAGAUAACUACUAUUUGUAGUAUACUUCGUAAGAGGGAAGUUACGAAAAGUUCGGCGCAUUUUAUACACCCUAGCGUCAGCUUAAACGGAAUUCUGUUAGAAAGAGCAUUGAAUGGAUCAAUUACCCACUAAAAUAAUAACAAUGAACUACAAACAGAAUGUUGUUACAUGUAGUUUGUAUGAAUGACAUACAUUUUAAGACUUUUAAAUGAAAAUUCCGUGAAAACGACUCAAAUCAUCCAAUCCACAUACAUUGCAGUAAAACAGUUAAACAUGAUAAUGAUUCAUUAAUAGCAGGUGCUACAUUGAAUUUCAAGAAAUGUUAAAAAGCAUGGCCUGUAAAGUGUGUGGAUUCUGAUAUACAAAGUGUUUUCCUAAACUUCAUUUUCAUACAAUCAACACAUUAUACCAUAACAUUUACAUUUAAAGUUUAGAAAGUCCUUACUACACCUACGAAAACAUUUUAGAAUUUUAUAUGAAUUAAGUAUUGCUCUUGUAAAGUAACGACCACAUUUUCGAGAAGCCAUGUAAUUGAGAAUUUGAAUCGACAAGUUCUUGUAUUACCGUAUUGUUCUUCACUCUUUGAAAAAACUGGUCUCGGCAAACGACUUUACAACUUUAUAAGUGAAAAUACAUGUGAAAUCUUUAGGGUAUAUUUAAAUCCGCAUGCGUGCAAGAAUAUGGAGCUAAUAUAUUAAAUUGCAUUUGGGUAUGCCAUAAAAAACAUUGGUGAUCAAUUCUUUUUUUUUACUUUCUUUUCAGACUGGUGAUAUCAAAGUAAUUGUGUUAACAUUUAAGGGCAUGUAGGUGCAGUGAAAAUAACUGUAAAUGUUGCGCGGCUUAAGUGUUGCCGAGUAUUUUAGGUCGCUGACUUCAAAUAUCUCUACCUUUAUCGUUUUUUUUAUUCGAAACAUUGGGUUUAUAAUUGUUUUAUGUGAAGAGGCCAACAAUCUGCCUUACAGAAGGUCGUGGUUCUACCCAAGUGCCCGUUUGGGUCUGUAAUAAUGUCCGGAAGGGCGUCUGGGGUCUUCUUCCUUCACGAAAAGGUGGAAAGUCGCCAUAUGAUAUAUCACUUUGUCGGUGUCUAACAAUAACAAAAAAGUAAAAAUGAAUUUUGUUACCA